CAACAAAAAUGGCAGCUGAAAAUGGCAGCACCGGCAACUCUCCUAGAUCUAAAAUUGCACUGAUCACUGGCAUCACAGGCCAAGAUGGUUCCUAUCUCACUGAAUUACUCAUUAGCAAAAACUAUGAAGUCCAUGGCCUUAUUCGUAGAUCCUCCAGUUUCAAUACCCAACGCAUCAAUCACAUUUAUAUCGAUCCUCAUAACACCUACAGAGCCAAAAUGAAGCUCCAUUAUGCUGAUCUCUCCGACGCUAGUUCUCUCCGACGCUGGCUCGAUAUUAUCCUCCCUGAUGAGAUUUACAACCUAGCUGCUCAAUCUCAUGUCGCCGUCUCUUUUGAGAUCCCUGAUUACACCGCCGACGUGGUGGCUACUGGCGCCCUCCGCUUCCUUGAGGCGCUUCGUUCUCACAUCUCCGCUACCGGAAGGUCACACGUCAAGUAUUACCAAGCCGGAUCAUCGGAGAUGUUCGGAUCUACACCGCCACCGCAAUCGGAAUCUACUCCGUUUCACCCGAGAUCUCCUUACGCCGUUUCCAAAUGCUCGGCGCAUUGGUACACAGUGAAUUACCGCGAAGCGUACGGGAUAUUCGCGUGCAAUGGGAUUCUCUUCAACCACGAGUCUCCUCGUCGGGGUGAGAAUUUCGUGACGAGGAAGAUAACCCGGGCUGUAGGGAGGAUAAAAAUCGGGUUACAGAGCAAGGUGUUUUUGGGGAAUUUACAGGCGUCAAGGGACUGGGGCUUUGCUGGAGACUAUGUAGAAGCAAUGUGGAUGAUGCUGCAGCAAGAGAAACCAGACGACUACGUUGUGGCAACGGAGGAUUCACAUACUGUAGAGGAGUUUCUAGAAGUAGCAUUUAUGUACGUUGGAUUGAACUGGAAGGAACAUGUGGAGAUUGACAAGAGAUAUUUCCGGCCAACGGAAGUUGAUAAUCUGAAAGGAGAUGCAAGCAAAGCGAAAAAAGUGUUGGGUUGGAAACCAAAAGUGGGAUUUGAGCAACUGGUGAAGAUGAUGGUGGAUGAAGAUGUAGAGUUGGCUAAAAGAGAGAAAGUUCUUGUUGAUGCUGGAUAUAUUGAUGCCCAACAACAGCCUUGAUCACGUGUUAUGUUUUUCACCAAAUCUUCCACAUUUUGUUUUUGUGUG